GAGGGCGCCCCGGGUCAGCUCCCUCCUCAACAUGCCGGGACGGCUACCGCAGCCAAUCACAGUUCGGCUUCAACCACUUUGACUAAGUUAGAGUUCAUCGUGAUUUAGGUGGCGCUUGAAGGAAACAUCCUACUUUGACUUCUGCUUUUCGUCUCUCCCGCUUGUCGUCUGUCUGUAACAUGCCGCUGGAGCGGCCAGCCGCCUCACUGAGCACACUUCGGGUCAAAGUUAGUGACGGGAGCGGAAGGAGCCCGAUAUGAAGAUGUAUCUGCGCCUCGUCAUCGCUGGAAGUCUCGGCUUGCUUUGGUAUUUUUCAGACUGUGGUCGCGCGCUGGCACAGCUCUUCAUAUUUGUUCUCUUCUGCAUUUCGACUCCAUUGUUAUGUUCGAACGGUGGUCGAGAGAACAGCACUCAAACCGACGAGGAGACAUCAAAGCUCCCGCUGCUGGGAACUGAUGAAGAGGAGUCCUCUGACUUGAUUGAUGGGGGAGCUCUUGCUCUGUCUGACCCGCUGAAGCCAUGCUGUCCUGAUGUGAAGAGGUCUCUGCAGCAAGUGUUCGAGUGUGCCUAUGCUCAGCUGGUCCUGCCCUGGUAUGAAGUGCCUGAGCCCUGCGAGCAGCAGCCUCUCCACCAGGUCCUCAGCAGAGAAAUUGACUUUGUGAUCGAUCGCAUCAUUGGGAAGGCCAUAGACUUUGAUAUCUGCCAGGCAGUGGUGGGCUCCAUUCGGAUUUUCACUCAGCACCUGCAUAAUGCAAAGCAGCCUGACAGAGAGCUCUUGUUCAGCUCCAGAGCAGAGGAGUUAGCAGUUCUCAGGGAGCUUUCUGACGCCCUGGUUCGCAACCUUUUUUCCAAACCUCUCUUGGGGCAAGAAGUGAACUGCUGUGCCUUAAAUGAGAUCAUUGCCUUAAAGGGAUUGGGGCUGUUGGUAAACUGGCUAUCCGACCCCGACAACCUGAACCAGCUGGUGGUGAACCAGCUCGACAGCGUCUCCCUGAAAAACUCUGCGGAGGAGCUGCACGUUUCCGACCCAGAUGAACCCUUCCUGGAUUCGCAGGGCGCUGAAGGCGAGGAGGAAGGCGGUGAAAUGAGUUUGUCUAGAGAAGCUGCUUCAAGCGAUUGUGAGAUCAAGGAAAAAACUAAAGUUAACAGGUUGAAAGUGGGAUGGUCCAAAUUUGUUGACAAAGUGAAGUCUAAGAAAGCCAAAAAGAAGAGGAUGAAGCAAGUGGAGCAGAACCUGGUGAUGAGGUUCAUGGCCAUCCACAACGAAUCAGCCAAUGAGGAGGGUGGGAGCAGCAGAGAGGGCUCCAUUAUUAGCCAAGAGGAGUCUGACAGGGAAGACAGUGAUAUAGAAGACUAUCUGGCGAGCGUCCAAGAGGACCUGAUUGAAUUCAAGUUGUCUUAUGAGAUGUGGCGUGUCGGCCACUGGACUGUCAGCAUCCCUCAUGCUGACUGGGAGCAGGAGGAUGAGGAGGAGGAGAAGGAGCUGACCUUCACCGUACACCUGGAAGAAAAAGACAGCCCCGAGAAUCUGCAGUGGGACAUCAAAAAGACCUACAUGGAUGUUGUCCAUUUUCGCAACAUAUGGCAGGAUUCCUCCAACAUUUCUGAGAUUCUGGACCUGGGCGAGUGUGAGGUCAGCAGUGAGAUAAAAGAGGAAGCAAGGGCAUCAGUGGAGCGCUUCCUGCAGGAUUUGAUUUCAGAUGACCUGAUUGGCCACACUCAGCCAGUUUUUCAGUUCCUGUGUCCACUUGACAAACUUCUGAAUGAAGAGGUUCAGUCUGGAGGUGUAUGGGGGCUUCUCAGUGGUCUGGCUUAUCUACUGACUCCUGGUCAUGAGGAAGAAGAGAGCUCUAGCCUACAGACAGAAGUCCCCAAAGAAAACACAGUGUCAUCUUCACAUCCAGAACCCACAGCUCCGUCUUUAGAGAAUCACUGUAACUCUGUUCAGAACGGCAGCGUCGGCUCUCCUCUCCCAUCUAUAGUCGUCUCCCAGUACGAUUCUCCUCAAGUGCCAGCAGAGGCAAAGAGGGAUCAAGAUCCGCCGCCUGCUGUUGAUUCAGACGACUCGCAUGACAGCAGCUGUCAAGACAAACCGGAGGACUCUGAAAAUACUUUCACCACUCACUUGAAAACAAUCAUGAAGGGACUGACCAGAUCCAGGUCGCAGGACUCUCUGAGCUCAACGAAGAGCGCCGGCAACGAGGAAGCGUCUGACACCGCCUCGCACCAGGAAGGAGCAGAAACGCCACUGCUGCCCAGUUCCAGUGCAAGGUCACAUAAAAAAGAUAGAUCCCAUUUCAGGAUGGCUGUUGCAGGACACAAGUCCAAAGGAAAAGAAGCACAGAACCCCCCAGUGAAAGGAGAGGACUCGCAGUAUCAGAAGUGUCAAACCAACUGGGAGCAGCUGGAGGCUACAAAAGCCAUAUUUGAUCUGCUGAAAGAAAUCUCAGGAAACUCCAUACUUAUUAACUUUUUUGACGCCUUUUUAAAACCUGUGAUGCCGAUCUUGAAAAAGAAAAUUAAUUCUUUUCUCAACAAGAUAGUCCCCUCAGAAGAGCACAUGGCCGGGUACAUCAACAUGCUCAAGAAUAAACAGUGGCCCAAGUGUCCGGCAGCAGUUCUUCCUCCCCGCACCAAAGAGGAUAAAGAUGAGACCAGAGCGCGAGCUCAUGACCUCAUCAAUGCCAGAUAUUCAAACUUUAUUGUCCUGAAGAAGACGGACGUGGAGUCGGUUUUUAACCUUUUUCAGGACAGUGAAGAAAACAAAAUGCUGGUUUAUAGGCUUCUUUCAUUCCUGUUGCGAGAAUUUCUGCAAGAUGAGGAAUUUCCAACUUCUGCAGCUCUUCAGAAACUGUACACGUCCUCCAACUGAAUGAGCAUCUGUUUCUGUGUUUUCACCCAGCUGCUGAAUGUUUUCACAUCUCAUGUUGUUGGACCAUCUUUAAAUUCCUUAAAAGACACUCAGGACCAUUCGAGUAUAACACAUAACAGUAUGCUUUCCAUUUUACGUCAAACUUACUGUGAAGUUUUCACUUGGAGUCACUUAAGUGCCUUCUCAGCUGUCGGUGUAAAAACUGUGAACAUCUCUGGGAUUCUACUUAAAUUAUGAUCAAAAACUGAAACUGAUCUGAACUUUAUACUUGUCUGAAUUUAACUAGAUGCAUUUUUGUGUACAAGCUAUAUUUUUCUAAACGUUCUGUCACUUUGAGCACUUUUUCAUGGUGGGGAUGAUGUUGUCUCUGAAUAAAAACAUAUCUAAAAAGGCCAAAUUGCAUAAAAAGUUUCCUAAUCUCAAUGUUCAGACCAUUUAACUGGAAGAAAACUUGAAUUUUUGCUAAUAAAAUAUUUUGAUAAAGCUGGA